AGCUCUUCCGGAUCUUCACACUCCAUAGCUCUAGACUUUCCCAGCUGCCCACUUUAAGUCAGUCGCUGUGAAUUAUUAGUGAAAUUUCGCCCAGAAAGUUAAAAGAUUUGAUUUUUUUUUUUGAAUUUGAGGGCAGAUCAUGGAGACAAGGAGAUGGUUGCUCAUACUGGCACUACUUGCUUGCCUCUUUGCUUUUUCUGAUGGGCGAGGAUGGAAGUACAAGCACAAAGUUCAUAGCCGGGACACCAUCUACAAUCAUACUCUUGCCACAAUAUUGGUUAGGUUUAUUUGUCAGAUUUGACGGAGCUGUUUUCUUGGACAUGCGACAGAUGUAAUAGGUUGAUUAAGAUACUAAGAUUCCGAUGAUCAAAUAUAGUUUCCAUAUCUUAACGUGUGGGACUUAUUCCUUCAUUCAAUGGAAAAAGGACUUUCAAAGGAUGGAGCUAAUUGUGGACGUCCAGCAUUGCUUACAGGCAUUUGUUGGAGUGGCAACAGAUCCAAAUGCUAUUAUAAUUGCAUUUAAAGGGACUCAGGGAAACAGCAUACAAAAUUGGUUUGAAGACUUAUUUUGGAAACAACUUGAUAUAGAUUACCCUGGCAUGCCUGAUGCAAUGGUGCACCAUGGGUUUUAUAAUGCUUACCACAACACAACCAUACGACCUGGAAUUCUAAAUGCUGUUGUAAGAGCCAAAGAGUUCUAUGGAGAUCUUGGCAUCAUAGUAACAGGGCAUUCUAUGGGAGGUGCUAUGGCUUCAUUUUGUGCUCUUGAUUUAAGGGUUAAUCAAAAAGAGAACAAUGUUCAAGUUAUGACAUUUGGACAACCUCGAAUCGGUAAUGCAAUAUUUGCUACUUACUAUACCGAAAUUGUGCCAAACACUGUACGAGUAACAAAUGGAAAUGAUGUUGUGCCUCAUCUGCCUCCAUACUACACUUAUUUUCCUCAGAAGACAUACCACCACUUCCCGAGAGAGGUGUGGCUUUAUGACAUUGGAUUGCGAAGUCUUGUUUAUCAGGUCGAGAAAAUAUGUGAUGAUUCUGGUGAGGACCUAACAUGCAGCAGGUCAGUGAUAGGGAACAGCAUUUCAGACCAUUUAAUUUAUUGUGGUGUCGACUUAAAGGACGAGACAUGGAGACCUUGUCAAAUUGUGACAGCUCCUGGUUUAGUUGAUCAUAGAAGAACAGAUAUGAAAGGAAAUUUUGUUCUCUCCAGAGAUCUUGGAACUCCUGUUCUUAAACUCAAAUUACAAUCAGAUGCUGGGGAAACGCCUCUGUAGAAUCAAUAGAACGUCAGCUGUUGUUUCCUGCGGAAUAACUGAGGAAGUGAUCAAUUCCGAGGUCCUGUCCUUGUGAAAAAGCUGCGUCUAAGAGCCUCUCUGAUUUGGAAAAGCUAUAGCUGAUGAACUGAGGAAGGUAUAUGGGCUGCUGCUGCAAAUGCCACUAUUGUAUAUAUGAAUCUAUAUGUGUACAUAGACAGUCAUUGGAUUACGAAUACCGGCAUUCUGUUGACUUGUGUAAAUAAACUGAGACUGGUAGAUCUUUUAAUACCAUUACGAUCAGUUGCAAAGUUGUGCUCGAGUGCCAUAUUAUCUUUCCUUUUGGGUUUUCCCGUGUCUGGUAUAUAAAUUUUAACCUCCGAUGAGAUCAUAAGGCAUGUGGAGGGGAG